CUUAACCUCAGGCGUCAAUAUCUGUCCAACAGAACCCCUCACACACCUCAUCUCACGCAAGCUUUAUUUAGACCUACAACCUCAUCCCCUACCAAUUGACGCGCAUCGUAGCAACUGGUGUUUCAAUCAUGUCCACCAAAUCCCAAACGAAACCCAAGGCGGCGGCCUCCUCGCUGAACAAUGCUUACCUCCUGGCCUACAACGCCGUCUCUGCUGGAUUAUGGCUUGGUAUCCUCGGAAAGGUGACAACGCUCUCGUUGGAACACGGCGUCGGCAGCGGGAAAGUGUACUCUGAACUCGAGGAAUUCGCACGCCUGGUCCAGACCGGAGCGACAUUGGAAGUCGUGCACAGCUUGUUUGGCCUUGUCCGCGCUCCCCUCCUAACCACCCUCAUGCAAGUCGCAUCGCGCCUCCUCCUCGUCUGGGGCAUCGGCUACAAUUUCCCCCAGACGACGCAGUACAGCCCUGCGUACAGCUCCAUGCUGAUCGCCUGGAGCGUCACCGAAGUGAUCCGCUACUCCUACUUCGUCUUCAACCUCUCCGGGUUGGGCGUCCCAAGGCUGUGGACCUGGUUGCGAUACAAUACCUUCCUUAUCCUCUACCCUCUCGGUGUCGGAAGCGAGACUUGGUUGGUGUACCAUGCGAUCCCCGAGGCUGAGAAGCUCGAUGAGAAGUACGGAUGGGCGCUCUACGCGAUCCUGGCGACAUACGUUCCCGGUUUCUACAUGCUCUUCACGCACAUGCUUAGCCAGAGGAAGAGGAUAUUGAGGGCCAAGAAGGAGUAAGGGAUUGUGUGGUGAAGGAUGCCAUAUUGUGUGGGUGAGAUGUGUAGGACCAAAUAGGGGUGUAAGAUGUGAGUAGAGAAAUAUUGAGAUUGAGAUAUAGCUCGCUAGCUGGACAUAUACGUUUGGGCUGUGCGGAUAUAUAAGAAUAAUGUGUAAUGACAGGAGAAAAGAAAUCAAUAAAAUAAAAAAGCCUCCCAUUGAGAAUC